AUGCCAUCGCCGUGCGAGCCCGGGCCGUCGGCGGCCGCGCUGGCGCCGCCGGCCCCCGUGCGCGGCCUGUGGUACGAGCGGCGCGGAUGCCCGCGGUCGCUGCUGCUCAAGGACGUGGCCGGGCCGGCCGGCGGCUCGGUGCCCUCGUCGGCGGCGGCGCCCGCGCUGCGCAUCGAGACCUACCGCGCCGCGCCCGACGCCAAGAAGAAGCGCCGCCGCUGCUCCAAGGGCAAGUCCAAGCAGGCGGACUGGGAGCCGUGGGAGGAGGACGAGGAGAUGGUGCUUAAGCACAUACGUGACUGCCGCUGCGCCUGCAACCACCUCGGCUACGGCAACUACCUCGACCUGGCAAAUGACCGGGAUUGGACCAAGGUGACGAGCGCGCCCGGUGUUCCCCCAGCGCCCCGCCGGCCCAGCUACGGCGCAUGCGCAGCUCCCCUCAAGGCGAAGACGCCUCCGGACGCCAGCAGCCUCCACUCGCCAGAUCUGGACGACGCCUCCGACAAAGGCGCCAGCCAGCGGACGUGGUGCGUGGCGUGCCUGCUGGUGCUGCUGCUGGCGUUGACGGGGCUGGGCGUGAUCAUCCCGCUGACGGCGCGCCUGCGUCACACCUCGCACACCGACCAUCUCGCCGCAGUGCGGCGCAUGCUGCUCGACCACCCGCUCGUCGACGGGCACAACGACCUGGCGUGGAACCUGCGCAGCUUCCUGCACAACCGGCUGUCGCGCUUCAACCUGUCGGCCGACCUGCGGCAGGUGGCGCCCUGGUCCAGCUCUGCCUGGUCCCACACCGACCUGCCGCGCCUGCGCAAGGGCCUCGUCGGAGCCCAGUUCUGGGCAGCGUACGUGCCGUGCGACUCGCAGUACAAGGACGCGGUGCAGCUGACGUUGGAGCAGAUCAGCGUCAUCCGCCGGCUGGUCGACAGCUACGCUGACCUCCAGUUCGUCACCACGGCCGCAGGCGUGGAGCAGGCGCACGCCGUGGGCCGCAUAGCCAGCCUGCUGUCGGUGGAGGGCGGCCACAGCCUGGGCGCCAGCCUCGGCGUGCUGCGCGCCAUGUACCAGCUGGGCGUGCGCUGCCUCACACUCACGCACACAUGCCACACCCCUUGGGCAGAUUCGUCCUCAGGGUCAGCAGAAGACUCCAACACGAAAGGUCAAGGGCUAACUGACUUCGGGAAGGUGGUGGUACGUGAGCUGAACCGCCUGGGAGUCGUGGUGGACCUGUCGCACGCGGCGCCCGCCACGGUGCAGGCGGUGCUCAACGUCAGCCGGAGUCCCGUCAUCUUCUCGCACUCCGCCGCAGCCGCCCUCUGCGACAACCCCCGCAACGUGCCUGACUCCGUGCUCACCCAGCUGGCCCAGAAUGGCGGCGUGGUGAUGCUCAGCUUCUACAACGACUUCCUCACCUGCUCCCCUGCCGCUCGCAUGGAGGACGUGAUGCGUCACCUGACCCACAUCCGCGACGUGGCGGGUGACGACCACGUGGGCCUGGGCGCCGGCUACGACGGCAUCAACAGGACGCCCCUGGGUCUGGAGGACGUGUCGCGCUAUCCCUUCCUGCUGGCGGAGCUGCACAGGAGUCGAGGCUGGACCAUGGAGCAGCUGCAGAAGCUGGCUGGCAGGAACAUCCUCAGGGUCCUUAGGGGAGUUGAGAAGGUAAAGGAAGAAAUGCGACUCCUGGCCAUUGAACCAUACGAGGACGUGGUUCCCCCAGCGGAACUCGAGGGCAAGGACGCAGCUGGCUGUCUCGGUAGGUGAGGAUCGGGAGCAGUCCAUCACCAGGAGACUCCGCACGCUCCUCCAAGUUAACGCCCAGAGGAACAGCCUCUGUGUGCAUCGACCAGACUGCAGUGGGCUACUGUCCUCUGAAGCGGGAGUUUCAGUACUCAACGAGCUCGACUGUUGUAGAAGUCAGCAACUUCACCGUCGAGUUCUACCAACAGUUUUAAUACCUAUUGUGGAGGGCUACUGUGCAACAACUUGCAAACUUUUUCUGGACAGUUCAGGCAGCACAAUGUUCUGAUUGUUUUUCCAUGCUCACAAAAGUGAAUUAGUCUUCCCUUCAUUCAUGAUAGCAGAUACUGAUAAUCCGUUCAUCGAUUUAUUAAUUUCCUCACAGAGUUUACGAACAGCAGAACACUCCGACCGUGGAUGUGCUCGUUUCGGGAUUAUACUUCCGCAUUUAAUGAACAGCAGUUUCCACGCUCAAUUGUCUUGUUACUACUUCGAGUGGAGUGUGAAACGACUGAUAUCUACGAAGAAGUGAUAGAAGUGCCACUUCAGGAACAUCAGGACGCAAGUGACUGUUUCGACUGAAGCAAAAUAAUGUCAGCAAACAGAAUCUGAACGAACAAAUAACGGUAGAUAAGCGCGACUAAAACACUUACUGUGCAAAAAUCAGAGUUGUCUAUAUUUAUUCCGUUUUGUUACAUGUUGUAGAAUGCAUAAAAUUUUAUGUUGGACCAAAGCUAUUGGAAAAGUACUAACCAGCGUAUACGCAUAAAGAAAUGUA